CUGUUGAUGACCCUAUCACAGUCAAUAUUACUCCUAUCCGACAUGACACAAACAUUUGUCUCGUUGAAGUAACUCAGUCACAAUAGUCAUACAAUUUAUAUCAGACGUGUUCAUAGGAAAUGGAUAAUAAAAGUGUGGAUAAUGUGAACAAAAGUGUUACACAAAAUGUGGAUAAAGAUAGCUGGGGCUAUGUAGUUUGUUUUGGAACUAUCAUAUGUUUUAUCGCUGGAAUAGGCCAUAUAAAUUCCUUCGGUCUGAUAUACAAUGACUUCAUAAUCUCUACAAACUCUACAGCCAAAUCAUUAACUACAGCCCAUGGCGUUUUUGCUAUCAUGCUUGCCAUUGGAGGAAUAAUUCUUAAUAUAUUAUCUAAAAAUAUGCCAUUACAAGUUGGUGGCUUCAUUGGAGCUGUUUUGUUGUCCAUGGGAUCUUUCUCCACGGUAUUUAUAUCAAAUACCAAUCAACUACCGUUCACAUUUGGGACCCUGCAAGGGAUUGGCUUCGGCAUGAUUGUACCAGUCUGUUACUCAACUCUGAAUUACUAUUUCGUGAAAAAGAGGACCACUGUAAUGAGUAUGUGUAAAGCUAUACAAGGAGUCAUACUGAUGUGGUAUCCGCAGAUAAUAAAGAACAUUAUAUCUGUAUAUGGCUUCCGAGGAACUCUAUUUAUCAUAAGUGGAAUAACCUUACACACGUUUCCUGGAAUAUUGGCAAUGAAAAUGCAAUGUGGAAUGAAACCUAAAAACAAAUCAAAUAUUGAAUGUGGGAAAAAUGGAGAAAUUGUUGACUUGUUAAAUCAGAAUGAAAAGUAUAGUAAAGAAGGAGACAACAACAAACGCAAGAGUAUUAUUAGUAAAGUCGGGUUCAUAAUACAAGACCAUUUGAACUUGAGAAUCUUAAAAGACCCGGUCUAUUGUAACAUUUGCAUAGGUCAGAGUUUCGUCAACUUCUCCGAUGUGACCUUUUUUGUUCUACAGCCCAUGUUGUUGUUCCAGUACGGCUAUAGCAAGGCUGAAGUAGCAAUGUGUAUAUCAAUAUGCGCCGGCGCAGAUGUUGCUGGUCGUUUCACCCUUGCUGCAAUCAGCAGUAUCGCACACAUCAACGUCAGAUUGAUAUUCUACGUUACAACGUGCCUGACUUUGCUCAGUAGGUUAGCGAUACUUCAAGUAAGAGAGUUCACCUGGGUGGCAAUAGUCACGGGCACGCUGGGUGCCCUUCGGGCGUGGCUCCACGUCACCAGUCCUUUGAUCGUCUCUGCCCACGUGCCUCACAAUGACUUCCCCGGGGCGUACGCUCUCAUGUUGCUUGCUGUUGGACUGGUCAAUGUGGCUUUCGCUCCAGCUAUUGGUAUACUGAAGGACGAGUAUCAAGACUACAUCCCAGCAUUCUACGCGCUCGCUGCUUGCUGUCUACCCUGCCUUAUUUUUUGGGCAAUAGAGUAUAGUAUUACACGAAAGUGAUAAUAUAAUAAGUAUGUAUAACGAAAUUGCUAGAAAUAAAUUGUAAGUGACGUAUUCAAA